AUGGUGACUACACAGCCGCCCAGCCCAAGUCGUUUUCACAGACGAAAUGAUACAACAUCCUCUACACAUUCUUCAUCCUCAUCGUCGCUACCUCCAAUGGUUCCGUCAAAGAAUAAGCGAUCUUACGAGCGACGUUCUAGGCUAAGAGUAUGGCUCAAACAUUCCAUGACACCAACGUCACCUUCGGCGUUUUCAGAGAAUCUCGAUGAUCUGAACAAUAACAAUAACAACAAUAAUAAUUCAGGGCAUGGUUCGAUUCUGACUGUCUCAAAUAUCGAUCAAGCUCUUCAAACGAAUUACAAGUUGACCGAUUUGGAAAUUUCUUAUGAUGAGUCAGAUGUUGCUGACAAUGGGGACAGUAAUGAUGCUGAAGACGGUCUGCAAAUAACUGAGAAAGAAGAAAAGGAAGAUUGGGCAUUUGGAACAGCAGGUCAUCCCGAUAAUUACGAAAUGGAGUUGGAACGAACGCGACAAUUGAAAGCGCAACUGGCUCAAUCGCCCUUGGAUUUUCUACAAGAUGCCGAAGAUCUAGAAGAAGAAUGGAAGUGGAAAUUUGGGAAAACUGGAAAGCAAGAAUUUCAAUUUGCGAGUUUUGAAGCUUCGUUCGAGGCCAAUUUUGAGGAAAAAGAUUUGGAGGAUGGAAUGGCAACUAGUGCCGAUACAAAAGAGGAUGCUUUUGCUGCAGACUUCUCAGCACCAACAGAAACUUCUCCUGAUGCUGAUGCUAUGGAAAGUAAAGCCGGCUCGAGCGGCGAUGGCUUUGGUGAUUUUCAGCAAUCCAGGCCGAGUGAACCUGACAUGAACGAGGCUGAAGCAAAGGACAAACACGAAAGUGAUGUGGAAGCUGCGAUGGAUUUUAACGAAACGAGAAGUCAAAAUCAUCCAAAGGAAGACGAUCUCGACGACGAAAACAGUGAUUUUGGUGACUUUCAGGAGGCACCACCUUCACCUGACAAAAUAGCAAAACCCAGCGCAAAACAAGCUCAAAAGGAUGCCACUACCAUUCUUGAAAGUGAUGGAAAGGAAGAUUUCGGUGAUGCUGACGACAACGCUGAUGCGAACUGUACAAAGGAUGACGAUAAUGACUGCACUGGUGGUCAAGUACAAGAACACGAGGCUUCAGCAAAAGAAGCGCUGGUUGACGAACGUAGUGUUUCGAAGGAGGACAUGCUGGGCAAGGAACAAGAUACUCCACACUUCCAAGGCAGUUUGAAAUCGUCCACAUCGUCAGCCAAGCCACCUUUUGAUACACCCAAGAGUGCGGAUGGAGUUAGUACACUUCUGAAUGACUUUAAUCUUGACUUUCAAGAUUUUCCGACGCCAAAUACACUUUUGGCAAAUGCUGCAGCAGCCGCUGUUUUGGAUGCUGCAACGAAAGCAGAGACUGCUUCUAUUGAAAAGGCAAUGCAAGAAAAUAAUCCGCAGGAUCCGUCAAACAGCUCUGUGGGAAAGCUGAGAAUGCCAACCACACCGUCCUCCCGUGAUUCAAGAAAUAGAAAGGGAAGCGUGUUGAGGCCUAGAAACUAUCAAACAUCAUCAUCAUCAUCAUCUCCGUCGCUGGAAAAUUCCAAUGGGGAAGGAAAUGCAUCUUCGCCACAAAAGAUAAGCGCCAUUUCAGCGGAACCCAUCACUCCAAUCAUUCAUAAUCAAUCCGCCAAGAAAACGCCACCAGGUGAACCAAUGGUGGGCCUCGAACUUCCUCGGUCUGUGGGCGACAACGAUAAACUGGAUCUUCCAUCCAUGAAGCCAGCCAUUGGGAGUGUAUCGUCGGCAAUUGUAUCCGAAGUGUCUAGAGUAGAUAAGGAGCAAUCAAAUGACGACGACGGAUCAUCCUCCAUACCAUCCGUUGUGCGAGUGGUGGCAGCAGUGCAGCCAAGGCAACAGUGGUUGACAAUUGAUCCUCCUCCACCACCUCCUGCCUCCCCUCUCUUUCCCACUGAAGAGCAAGAAGCCUACUACAGCUCGCCGAGUGCCAUGAAAACUCCAGUUGGGAGAUUCUUGCGGAGGCUGUCCUCAUCUCAAAUGGAAAUGGGCAGUGCACCAAUUGCGGAAGAUGGGUCAGAGGACGGCAGUGAUGAUGAUGGUAGCCUUGCAUCACUUCAAAAGUAUUACUACGACGAACAAGAUAGCCAGCAUCAAGACAAGCAUAUCUUGCAGGUACUGAAAAAGUUGGAAUGGGAAUGGAUGCCUUACUGGCAAUGGGAUUCGCUUCUUUAUCCAGUCAAUCCAAAUGCUGGAAAGCGCUUAUUGACAAACGAACGGAAAACAAUUGCUGAAAGAUCAGAUGAUGCCGAAAGUGACGAAGAGCUCGAAGAUUGGAUGGUUGAAUCAAAAAUAAAGAAGGAGCAAAAGGUAUUGACAUCAGCAUCUCGGAAGCAAAGUAGCAUGCCUUCAGAAGACAGUAUCCCUCUGUUUCAGAAUGAGCUGGUGCAGCAAUUGAGUGAUCUUGAUUCUGCCAAUGUUCAAAUAUGCAAGCGCCAAUACCGACGAAUUCAGCCGCAUGCCGAUCGGAUCGAGGAAGCAAACAGCCUAGCGUUGGAGAUGAGUAAGAAUCUACAAAUUUGCAACAUGUACAUGCAACGAAGUACAAAUAGUGUAUGCUUGGCAAGAAAUGGACAACAGGAAGGAGAGGGAGUGAAUGGAGCCAUGGACAUUGUGGAUUCGUGGAAUUCUCAUUCGGCCUACAUGCAGCUGGAAGAUUUGCUGGAGCAGAUUGAAAAAGUAACUGACUUGGAAAAGGGGCUGCUUGAAGCAAUUGAAACGUUCGACCCUCGAGAAGAAGAGCUAUGCCAAUCAAUUUUGAAGACUCUGCUUGAUUUGAACAGAGUUUUGAACGAAGACCCACUUUUGAAUCUUGACUGCUUAAAUUCCAUGCGACAGAGAUGUUCCGAAGAAUUGCUGAAAAAAUUUCGAGUUCGGAUGCAUUCAUGCUUGGAAUCGAUUGCUGUACGAUGUUGCAAUGCGGAUAGUGAAACAGAUUCCCACCUUCAGCAGGAGUAUCAUCAGCUGGCGUAUUCAAUUCUUCGGGUUUCUGAAACUAUCAAUGGUACCAAGAAUGAAAAAAGGACGGCUCUGGAAAUCUGCACCAGUCUCCAGACUGCUUGGCUCCUACAGACCCAACGCUCAUUCGGGUUGGCUCUUCUUGAUCCAACCGACGAUUCUGGAGACUCUGAAUAUGAUAAGGAGCUUUCAGCGUUGAGUAGUUUGUAUGACAUCAAUGUUGGAACUGGACUUUGGUUCAUGGAUCCAUCAAAACUUUCGAUUUGGACGAAGAAUCUUAUCACCAUUCGUCUAGAUUUUGAAAUCCAAAUACACCCCCUUCCAGCAGUGGUGCAUAAGCUUUGUAGCAUUCUCUUCCAUGCGCUUCAUGGUCACUACGCACUAUGGAAAUGGCACAAAAAGGAUGAAAGUCCCCUUUAUCGUGAAUUGUAUCAGGAGCUGGGGAAGCGGCGGCCGUCCAUUUGGAACGCUUGCAUCCAAGUAUUGGAAGAUUGCUUUGAAGAGUAUCUGAAAUACGUGGGGAAGAAGCGACUUUUCCCUGACGAAGGUGAUGAGGAUUGGUUGGAGGAUUUGGAAGGACUCGAGGAUGUCGCUAGUUUGAUCCAGCAAUUCCUCAGCUUACAGUCUGAAUUCUUGAAGGGUCUUAAUGCAUCGAAGAGUAUCAAUGAUGGAAGCCUCGUUGAAAAGAGGCUCCAAACUGUUCUGCAAACUCAUGUUCGGGCAUUCCAUAUCCAAUCAAUGAAUAAAAUGGGCUUGGCGCUGUACCAUGAAGAGUGGUCACUUGAGACACUCAAAGGAGACUCCAGUGAUGCUGUAUCGGCCAUUUCUAAAUGUUUGGAGGACGACAGGGGGAAUCGGAUAACCCAAACUAGUCGGAGUAAAAAGAACCACUUCAAGGGACACACUGGCUUUCAUUUUGCUCGGUAUGCUGAAUGUGGGAACCCCUUUAGUGUCGAGCAAAGCAGAGAAUCGAUGGCUUUUGAUUCUAUGGAAUCGUCAGCUGUCAGCCCAUCAAAUGAUUCCAAGGCGGAGGAAGUGUUGAAACUUUUGAAUGGAAUGGGUUUUGUCCAGUCCACGCCUCGGUGUGUCAGUGAUCAUGCCCUGCGAUGGAUUGCUCGAUCGUUAUUGAUUGUGAAGAAAUUGCCGACAGCUGCUCUUGAUGUAGCUGAAAUUCUUGAGAAUAUUACGAAUCUAUACCUGACAACUGCAUUCCGACUGUGCGCUGGCAGUGCAGAUCAUGAGAAGUUCGUUCUUGGCAUUUCAUCUGUUCCAAUUCCAGACUAUGUACUGGAACCAGCGACACCAAAAGCCAGCUCGCAAAACAGAUUUGGGUUUGGCAAGGGGAGCUCAAAUUUGCCAAGCACGCAAGAACCAAUACAAAGCAUGACCUCAACACGAGAUGCCGAGUUAUGCGCACCCUUGCCUUGUGAACUGGAUGAUCUUUCGAGUGUUCAAAAGUUGAUUCUCAAUGCCCAAGACAAAUUGCAGGGAGUCGUAAAGCUGGAUCUAGUCGAUAGUUGGAUUCGUGAUCCGAUCCGAGAACCGGGAGAAGAGAGAAUGUCACUUGUAUGUCGCCGUGCUCGUGUUCUUGAAAAGCGACAGUCAAUUGCUUGGAGCUGUGUCUUUGUUGUCGCUGCAGCCCAUCUUGCGAGAAACGAAAUACACCGGCAUUCCAAGUCAGAAACGGUUCUUGAUGCCUUGGAUGAUUAUGUGAAUUCAGCAUUGCAUGCUGCUCCCAUUUUGCUGGAUAUUGCCAGUCGAACAUCUUGUAUUCGCGCAGUAGGUGGAAAGGCAAUUGUCCAAGAGAUCCUGAAUCUCCAUGCCAUUUGGGAAGAACCAAAAUUGCAUGAGAGCUGCAACAAAUAUGUGGAUUCUGUUUGCGAUAUUUGCUCCUUGCUGUGGUGGUCCAUCUCCAAUUCCAAAUUUCUGCCCAAGUUUGUUUUGGAAAGGACGUGGCAUGAUAUUAUGAGCGUUUGUUAUACUUCCAUGAUUGAUGGUUUUGCUAGGGUUCCAUAUUGCUCUACAGAAGGCCGGGCUUUGAUGAGCAUGGAUGUGACGACACUCACCAUGGGUCUGCUACCAGACGCUGUGUUUGAACGCUUGGAAAUACACGGAAAUGCCAUCGCCCCACCAAAUUUUACUGUGAAGCGUGGAAUGCGCUAUGUGGAUACCUUCAUCAAAGUGUUUUACUUUCCUCCGCUGGAUGCUUACAAUUGGAUUGAAGAGAACUACAUGAACUAUCAGCGACAUCAUGCGAUUGCCUUGAUCGCAGGUGCAACCUUUGCUUCAGGUGACCGGCAUGCUACCGCUGCAAAACGAGUAAUUGUGAAAGUGAAAGCAUUGUACAACACCUCCAAACCAAAAGUCGAGGCUGUAUAA